CCGGCGGAGCUGGGGUGCGGAAAAGCGAGGAGGCGACCCAGGAAGAUGCCGCCGUCGCCGCUGCAGGGCCCGGGGUUCCUGUAGGGCACAAGGCCUCCUUCACCAGGGUAAGGGGCUGGUGAUCAACCUGGACGCCUGGGACCCUGGGAACAAGCAUCCCAGAGCCGAGCAGGCGACGGCGCGUCCACCGCCUGGAGAGGAGCCUGGGCCUGGGGCGGCGUGCCGGGCGGCGGCAGCCGGCUUGGCCUAUCUGAACCCCCAGGCCUGGGAGCGGCUGCUUUAGGCGUCAAGUUAAGUGGGGUAUGAGUGUCCUCUGGGAGAAAAGGUGAGAAAUGGAGUCGGACUUUCUCCCCUUGGUAGGGGCUAAGCUGGAAUCCGCACACACCCGCAAACACAUGCCCAAGAGCAAGACCCUCACACCCGUCCUCCCGGGGCAAAGAGACCCUGUCCCGGUGGAAGCGGAGAAACCCACUCCGGUACAGAAAGCGGAGACCGUGGCGCAGAGAGAAGGCGCAGCUUUCCCGGACCCAGCCCUAGGGUUACGGACCCAGGGCGCGGAGAUGCUCGCGGCCGGCGCCACCCACCCGAGCCGGGCGAUUGGCGCGUCCAGGCGAGCUCCGCGGGGCCGAGGUGCCGGGAGAAGCGGCCCCGGGUGCCCGCGCGCUGCCCGCCCAGGGUAAGCAGCAAAGCCGAGCCCCUGGGUUGAAGUCCUAAAGUUACUAAUCCCGCGCAUGGGGAGAAAGCGUGCCUCGGGCCGCCGGGGGCAGUCAUUUGAGCGUGUUUACUUAAAGACUUUGCAAGAAGAGAGCGCGCGAAAUAGUCGGAUUUCCAGCAAGGCAGCAAAUAUUUGCAGGCGGGAGAGAGAAGCGGAGCAAGCUGCGCCGCCUAGUCCCUCCCGCCGGAGCCCCGGCGCCGGCCUGGGCGGACCCGGCCGCGCAGUUAAAGACAGAAGAGGAACCGGGAAUCUGCGGGGCUGGGGGGCGGAGAGCGACACCAAAGGCCAGAAACUGGAGCCGGGCCCCAGGCCCCCGCGAGUGGGGACUGGGGGAGGAGAAGUCCCUUCCCAUUCCAGCUCGAUCAAUCUUGCUGGGCUGCGAUCGGUCAAUAAAAUCGGUGUGAAGCGGCCGCUGUCGCUGUGAGUCUGGGGAGGAAGUGGAGGCCAAAGGUGUCGAGGCCGGCGCCAGCUCCUGGCACCAGCUGGGUCCGCGAGUCCGCGGUCUGCAAGCCGCAGGCCUGGGGACAGAGCGUUGCAGGGAGUCUCGCGCGGCCCGGCGGGGCCUUUCAUUGGGUGUCUCCAUUUUAAUAGAGGCCAUUGUUCGAGCAAUUAGCGAAAGACAGUAACCGCCCAGAGGCGUUUAAUUCGGUUCCGCGCGCCCGCCGCGGUCCGCACCGGGGCGCUCUGGAAGAGUGGCCCAGGCUCCCUGCAAGGGAGGGUCCGCUUGGGGAGGCGCCGGCUCCUUUCCUUGCUCGUUUUUCCUUCGGUGUGGGAAUUGGAAAGGGUGACUGGGGCAAGAUGAAAGCCCGGCUAGGGCGACCUGAGCCAGGCCAGGGCGGGAAACCUGUCCCCGGCCUCGCUAGCCCACGCCGGGCGCCCCCGGGACCGCCGUGCGUU